AUGUUUAACCUGGAGCGCCCGUUCACGGAGAGGGGCCACUUCUUCUCCUCCAUGGAGUACCAGCGGCAGCUGGAGGAGGAGGAGGGCUACCCACCUCCCGGCACCAACGGGACCUUCAACGACAGCGGGGCCGGGCCGGGCUGGGUCAUGCCGUACUCCCUGCACACCACCGUCGUCCUCAUCAGCCUAGUGGGCUUGCUUAUGCUCUUCACUGUAUUCGGCAACGUCCUGGUCAUCAUUGCUGUCUUCACCAGCCGGGCACUCAAGGCCCCCCAGAACCUCUUCCUGGUCUCUUUAGCCUCUGCCGACAUCCUGGUGGCCACACUGGUCAUCCCUUUCUCCCUUGCAAACGAAGUAAUGGGGUACUGGUACUUUGGCAAAGUCUGGUGUGAGAUCUACCUGGCCUUGGACGUGCUCUUCUGCACCUCCUCCAUCGUGCACUUGUGUGCCAUCAGCCUGGACCGUUACUGGUCCAUCACACAAGCCAUUGAGUACAACCUCAAGCGUACCCCACGCCGCAUCAAGUGCAUCAUCUUCAUUGUCUGGGUCAUCUCGGCUGUCAUCUCUUUCCCACCACUCAUCUCCAUCGAGAGGAAGAGUGGGCAGCAGGCUGACCAAGGGGUAGCACUGUGCAAGAUCAAUGAUGAGAAGUGGUACAUCAUCUCUUCUAGCAUUGGCUCCUUCUUUGCCCCCUGCCUCAUCAUGAUCCUGGUCUACAUGCGCAUCUACCAGAUAGCCAAGAGGCGAACCAGGGUACCCCUGAACAAGAGGGCAGAGCGCCCUGAGAAGAAACAGAAUGGUUUAGCUGACAAGGAGGACCUGCCAGCUACAGCUCAGCUCAACGGGGAGAAGGCAGCAGGAGGUAGUGGUGGGCAGGAGGGAGAGGUCAAUGGCAUAGACAUGGAGGAAACCUCUUCCUCUGAGCAUCAGGAGAACAACCAGUGUAAGAAGCCAGAGAAACCACCAAGGGGAAAGUUCAAGACUAAACUGAGCCAGAUUAAACCUGGGGACAGUUUGCCCAGGAAGACAGAGGAAGAGAGGAACACCAAAGGGUCUCGGUGGAGGGGCAGGCAGAACCGGGAAAAGCGCUUCACCUUUGUGCUGGCAGUGGUGAUUGGGGUCUUUGUCAUCUGCUGGUUCCCUUUCUUCUUCACGUACACACUGAUGGCUGUCUGCAAGAGCUGCUCUGUGCCUGAAACCCUCUUCAAGUUCUUCUUCUGGUUCGGUUACUGCAAUAGCUCCUUGAACCCUGUCAUCUAUACCAUUUUCAACCACGACUUCAGACGGGCCUUCAAAAGGAUCCUCUGCAGGAUAGAAAGGAAAAGGAUUGUUUGAAGGACUCUGUGCUAUGGGCAGGACUAAUUCAAGACUUUAGAGGAGAGUAAGGGAUGGCCCUCUUGGGCUGUGCUUGCAUGGGAUGGUUUCCUUCAGCUCACGAGCAGGAAGCCUUUAAAACCCAAGAUGAGCCUGUGGAAACGCCGAGGAGCAGCAGGCAAGUGGAAGCCUGAGCCGUGGCAUUCGGCUUUCCAGGGGAGGAUGGCUUUUGACUUGAUUGUUAGGGGUUUUGUUUUUUUUUUUAAAAAUUUGCCAGAAUCUCUCAGUGGAUGUUUUCAUGACUCUUUUUGUCAUAUUUGAGAGUUUGACUCUUUAAAGACAAGAAAUGUGCAGCUCUGUGACAUGAACAGCAAAGAGGGAGUAUGACAGUAUGACACCCCAGAGGUGUUGGCUUUUUUAUUUUGGUGUAUUUUUUUUUUCUUGUUGUAUAUGUAAUUGAUUUUAACCCCCUUGUAAAAUACAGUAUUGCAUCCCUGAAUCUGAAUGUCUUAAUUUUGUAAGGCAAGCAGUUUUGAAACUGUGAAUGCUUUAAUUAUCUUUGACACCUUAAAAGUCCCUCUCUUCCCACCCCUAGACCCCUCUCACUCAAAACCACUGAACAACUAGAGCCAUUUUCCCUACCUGACAAUUUGAUAGUAUUACCAAAACUUCCAAUAUCCUGUAGGUUUUGUUUGUUUGUUUGUUUUGAUUAUAAGGCUCAAUAUCACAUAUCACAGACCUCACCAGACUGGC